AUGGUAUCUAGAGCAAACACCUCUGCAUGGAACGCCGCUGAUUCGCCCCAGGGAGUCAAGGACGACCUCAAGACUGAUCCGCCCUGCCAUUCCAGGGCUUGCGCCAUACAAGAUUGCCUGCAAAAAUCAAACUACAGCGAAGACAAGUGUCGAAGCCAGGUCGAUGCUCUCUAUGAGUGCUGCAACGAGUUCUACAAGCAGAAUGGAGACAGCGCAAGCACGGUCAGCUGCCCCAAAGUAUCUCUGCUACGCCUCAAGAUGAAGCAGAGGGCUCAAGGCUUGUAG